UAAAGUUUUUUUAUUCUGAAAAUAUUCCAUAACGACAUAAGGACAGCGAAUCACGUGUAAGAAACUCGUAAAGCGAUUGCGUCAGAAAUCGUGUUAAAAUCCUUGAUUGUACGAAUAUUAAUUGAAAUCAAUUUCAAUAUGGCACACAUUACAACUGGAUUCAUAAGUUCCCUGAUGGUUUUCAUUCUGAUUAUGCGAGGAAAUGUUUCUCGAACAUUACCAGAAGGAGUGAUUAAUUUUAUGAACGAGAUUGAAUGUCAUACAGAAAGUGACUGUUUAGAAAAAAACACUUAUUGUGAUGUUAAUUUAAAUUUAUGUUCACAAUGUCUUAAUUGCAGUAGCAUGUAUUUUAGAAAACAAAAAAAAAAUAUCAUGUGUGCUAAAGAUAUAUCAGAUUGUAGCAUUUGUUUAAAUGGGUAUAUAUAUUCGGAAGAAAUAUUUUUUGGAGGGGAAAUUCGUGAUUUAUGUAUUCCAAUUGAUUAUAAUGACAUUAUAUUACCUACUCCAGCAAAAAUUAGCUCAAAUUCUUUUUUAGAUGAAAUUGGAAUUAUUUUUAUAACUAUUAAUAUAUUUUUGAUUUCUUUAUUGGGUGUUUAUUUUUAUAAAAGAAUUUGGAAAACUAAUUCAAGCAAUGUACCUAUUAUGGAAGAUAAUAUAGAAAGUCUUCCACCAUCCUAUUAUAGCUGUAUGAAAUUAGAUAAUUAUGUUACAGAUGAUGUACAAGAAUUCCAUUUGUUUACUGGUGAGCAACCUCCAAGAAAUGAGUGGAGGCAUCAAAAUGCAGUACCAUUUCGAUUAGUAAACGAUUCUCUAGAAACUAAUAAUUGUAUGGACAAUAAUGAAAAUGUUGAAGAAGUAGAUGGAUCUGGUGUAUUAAGAGUUUUAGAAAUUGAAGAUCCUGAAUUACAUGAUGAAGAAACAAUGGCAAGUAUAUGGACUCCUUCUCCACCACCUUCAUCACCAGAAUUAAUGCAUCACCAAAAUAAUAAUUUACAAAUUUGCCCACCAAUUAAACGCAUAAGACUUGUCCUAAAACCUAGUGAUGAAAAAAGUUGCCAAGAUGAAGAUAAUAAAUGAGACAUUUCUCAAGAUGAUUUUUAAGGAUUAGAUUAUUAAUUAAAGCUCAACUAUUUAAUUUUUAUAUGUUAACUAUAUUUGUGAAUCUAAUAGCAUACUGUGUAUAUUUUUAAGUAAAUUACAUAUAAAGUUAGAAAUUAUAGACUAAGACUAAGUAAUUAUUUUUUUUUUUU